CCACGUCUACAGUAAAGAGUCCUGUACAGUGCUCCUUAUUUGUGGACGAUUUUGCUGUUCUCUGUUCCUCCUUCAGUGCUGCAACAGUGGAGGAGUGGGCUGUGAAAACCGCUUUUCAGUUUUCUGCAGAUUUUUAUUUUAUUCAGUGAAAAGAACCUGGAAACCAAUGAAUAUGAAAUGUCUUAAGUACUACACACUGCUUGUACCAGAAAAUAUGAUUAUAAACUUUUUGAAACAUAAAAGUAAUGCUCCAAUGUGUCAGUACCACAAACGGAUAAUGCUUUUGAAUUAUGGCAAACAGUUUCAUACUUCAAGCAGCUUAUGUACAGUGCUUCAGUCUGCAUUCAGUCACAUGUACAGCACAGACAGCAGAAAAAGUUAUACAAACCAGGAGAAUAUUAGCAGAAAAGAUUUCCUGGAAGGAAUGUUUCAAGACAGAAAACAGAAACUUGCAGAAAGUAGGCAGAUGAUUUUAAAAGACAUCAAAGAAAAAAAAGAUAAAAUGAAAGAAAAAAUGGAGGAAGUUAUUGAGAAGGAAAAUGUUCUCACAAUACCAAAUUUACUCUGCCUAUUCCGCAUUGCAGCUGCACCAUAUUUGGGAUAUCUUGUUCUACAAUCAGAAUUUCAUCUUGCUGUAGCUAUUUUUGCAUUUGCUGGAGUUACUGACCUGGUUGAUGGCUGGAUAGCUCGGACAUACCCAAGUCAGUCAUCAAAAUUUGGGAGUUUUCUUGAUCCCUUGGCAGACAAAGUCCUAAUAGCAUGUUUGUUUCUAACACUUACAUAUGCUGGAUACAUUCCAAUUGCCUUGACUGGCAUGAUUAUUGCAAGAGAUCUACUUCUGGUUGCUGCUGGUUUCUACAUCCGAUACCAGUCUCUGCCUCCACCUAAGACACUCAGCCGGUAUUUUGAUGCUACACAUGUAACAGCUCAACUAGCACCUACAUAUGUCAGCAAGAUCAACACAGCCAUUCAGCUGUUACUCGCAUGUUCAACCCUGGCUGCUCCUGUCUUCGACUAUGUGGAUCAUCCCUUUUUGCAUGGCUUAUGGUACCUAACUGCAGGCACAACAGCUGCUUCUGCAAUCAGUUACGUUAUUUCUCAAGAUACAUACAAAUAUUUUAGAACAAAAAAAUGAAAUUAAACGCUUAUAAAUACUGAAGAUGUUCAGUUUAGCAUUAAUGCUAACUUUGAGCCACAAGAGAAGACUGGUAAUUGUAUCUCUAAACAUUUCAGAGGAUUUGUAAUGAAUCUUUGCUCUUGAGUAAGGGCUAUGUUUUUGUGUAAUAAAGCAAUAUCAAGGUACAAGCAAAUUCCUCUAUGUAUUCUGAAGAACUGUAACUGUGGAGAGAGCAGAUAUUAUUGUGAGUUUUGUUGAUCUUUGUGCUAAGGAAUACUUGCUCAUAUCUAACUGAAGCACUGUGAUAUGAAUUUUUAAAGGUAGUUUGUGAAUCAAUCAGAUUUGUGGAAUAUGGCACUGUAGAUAUGAAGACAAUUUUUUUGUUCUACUUAUUUUUAAGAAAGUUCUUUUGUACAGGUAACCAUCAUUAAAAUAUAAAACAAUGUGUCUAAACUA